UGUUUUUAAUUGUGUAUUUUCCACGGCAUACAAUGCGUAUAUUAUUACCAUUAAUAUACCUCACAUGCCUACUAUGGCACACGGCUAUUGCUGACGACGACAAACCAUCAUGGUCUUGGGGUACAAAGGAAGAGAAAAAAGUUGAAGCAUCCACUGAUCAAUCUGAAGAAAAAUCUGAAGCAAAUCCAAGAAGUUUAUCUUACUCAGAUAUUUUAUCAGAUGAAAGUGAACAAUUAGUUUACGUUCAACCCGAACAACUUUUCAAUGCUACCGAAGAAGCUGCUGCAAAUAUUGUUGUGGAUGAAAUCUUACAGAGUGGUCGUCAAGGUAGACAUUUAAAAGAAUACGAUGAAGUUUAUACUGACCCAACCAUUCAAGAAGCAUUACAAAAAGGUGACGAUGUCCAAGCGAGACAUUUAAUUAAAGAACGUCUUUGUAGUUUAGGUUUAAUGCAAUGUGAUAGUAGUGAUUUGGAUCCAAAACAUGGAUCUUAUGUAUCACCUGAUGAACUAAUUUAUGCACAACCGGUUGCUAUUAAACCAGUAGGUGAACCAAUUGCUUCAAUACCUUUACGAGGACCACCACGUGCAAUUUAUCAUCCAUCAAAACCACAUGUACCAUAUGGUUCAGCAAAACCUAUCCCAGGACCACCCCGACGUGGUUAUGGACCUCCACCACCUCCAUCCAUCUACCCAAAUAAACCAAUAUAUUCAUCAGGUUCAAGCUCUGCCUCAUUUCAUGGAUCAUCAUCUAAUCUUUAUGAAGGAUUUGUACCACCAUACAAACCCCAUACAGAAUUUACUCCAGAUCGUCCUUACAAGUUUGAACCUCCCACAAAAGUUUCUGUAAAUUCACCAAGUGGAUCAGCCUCGUCUGAUGUUCAACAACAUGUUCAUCAUCAUUUCCAUCAUGGAGCUGGACCUGAUGGAAAAUUACCUACCGUUAUUGUAAAUAAUCCUGUCCCUGUUCCCUCAUCACCAGUCACCUCUGCUGUAGAAGCUUUACAAAGCAUUAACAAUGGAUAUAAACAACAAAUUUCUUCGUCAACCUUUGACAAUGGAUUCACUGGCAGCAGCAGCUUUUCAACUCUUGGAAGUGGUUCUCAAAGCGGAGUGAAUACCGGUUAUCAAGGAAUAUACGGGAACAAUAAUGCUAAACCUAUUUUUGAAAACUCUGGUCCACAAUCAUUUGGAAACUCAGGAUCAAAUUUAUAUGCAGGUCAAACACAUAGCGGAUUUUAUGGUUCUGGAGCAUCAUCUAACUCAUUUGGCGCAGCAUCAUCUAACUCAUUUGGUGCAUCUGUAGGUUCAUUUGGAAACACAGCUCCAUUUUAUAAAAAAGAAUUAAAUGUAAAUAAAGGGUAUUUGAAUGGAAACAGUCUACAACCAUUCAAUGGUGGCGGGUACGCUGAUAAAUACCAAGGUUUUGAAUCAGCUCGCCAAGAAAAUUUCGAUUGUGUAUGCGUACCCAUAAAUCAAUGCCCAUCUCAAGAUGUUCUUGGACGUAAAGAAGAUUUUUAUUUAAAUAUCGAUCCAAGAAACGUUAAAACUGAUAUUCAAGCUGAAGAAUCAAUUACUAUUACUGAUAAUAAUGGAACCAUGACUGUUGUGAGAGUUCCAAAAGAAUUAUCUAAAGAUGAUCAAGUUGCAGAAGAUCCAAAGACUGACGAAGUUAAGAAAAUAUCUAAACGAGAGGCUGAGAAGAAGACUGACAAACCAGACGAAAAAUCUAAUAUCGAACCACGAUUGAUUGGGGGAUAUCUAGAUGAUAAUUUCAAUGACAUGAAGAAAGUGGUACCCACUUUUGGUGUUUCUUUUGGCUUACCCCAACAAGGCGGAGGCGGUCAUUAUCCAUUAAAUCCUUUUGGUUCUAAUCCUGUUGUGAAUCCUUAUGGAUCCUCAAUUGGGGGCAGCGGAAUCAAUUUAGGGCUAGUUUCAGUAAAUCCUCUCGUGUCUGUGCAAGUUACGAAAGAUGAUUAUGGUAAAAAAGUCGUGAAACCGUUAGUUAAUAUACAUGUUACACCAAAUGAUUUCUUGGUGCAUAAAAUUGAGGAUUUGUUCUUUUAUAAGAAACAGGCUCUCUUUAGUAAACAUGAACAUUAUCACCAACAUCACGGACAUUCAAAACCACAAAUCCAUCACUACCACCAUAGACCUCCUCCAAUUUAUCACUCUAAACCAGUUUAUCAUCAUAAACCUGUUUAUGUUGAUGGCCCUGAAUUUUCUGGACCACCAAUACAUCAUCAUAAACCUAUUUACGUUGAUGGACCUGAAUUUUCCGGGCCACCUAUACAUCAUCAUAAACCAAUUUAUGUGGAUGGGCCUGGAAAUUAUGGCGGUUUAGAGUUUUCUGAGCCGCCACCUGGUGCAAUUGGUAGUCCUGGUUUUUCUCAUGAUGAAUUUCCGUCUUAUGGAGGAGGCGGCCCUUUUCUGUCUAAUGACCUUUUUAAACGAAAUAAUUACAAUCAUACUGUUCCCGGGAAAUUUGUCCCUGAACAGUAUGCUAAUGAGCAUGUCGAAUAUGGAAGAGAUUAUUCAAAUUAUCAAGAAAAUGUUGCAUCUUCCUCGAAUUUCGAGAAUUAUAGACAUGGUAAAAAUUUACUAACAGAUGACGGUAAAUCAUUCGAUCGUGUUGAUAAUACGUAUGGUUCUGCCUCCAUAGUUUCUAAUUCCCAAAAUCCUAGUAAUCGAAUAAAAUUCCCGACAAGUAAAAGACGCCGACGACGUGACACAAGUGAAAUAGACGAUGAAAUUAUUACAAUUUCCAAGCGUCAAGCUUUCUAUCAACCAAAUCAAUGUGGACCCCGUCAUGUGUGCUGUCGAACUCCUCAGAGACCUCAAGUUCCAUUACCAGGAGGAAACGGUAAUAACAAACAAUGUGGUUCCCGCCACUCUAAAGGAAUUAAUGGUCGUAUCAAGAAUCCAGUAUAUAUUGAUGGUGAUAGUGAAUUCGGAGAAUAUCCAUGGCAAGCAGCUAUUUUGAAAAAGGAUUCUCAAGAAAGUGUGUACGUUUGUGGUGGAACACUCAUUGACGAUUUACAUAUUUUAACUGCUGCCCAUUGUGUUAAAACGUAUUCUGGUUUUGAUUUACGAGUACGUUUAGGAGAAUGGGAUGUUAAUCAUGAUGUCGAAUUUUAUCCGUAUAUUGAACGAGAUGUAAUUUCCGUUCAUGUACAUCCAGAAUUUUAUGCUGGAACAUUGUAUAAUGAUUUAGCAGUAUUAAAAUUGGAUAAACCUGUGGAUUGGACACGUUCUCCACAUAUUUCCCCUGCCUGUUUACCUGAUCCAUACACCGAUUAUACCGGUACUCGCUGUUGGACCACUGGUUGGGGAAAAGAUGCAUUCGGUGAUUUUGGGAAAUAUCAAAAUAUUCUAAAAGAAGUUGAUGUACCAAUUAUUAAUCAACAACAAUGCCAACAACAAUUACAAAAUACACGAUUAGGUUUUGAUUUUAAACUACAUCCAGGAUUUAUUUGUGCUGGUGGUGAAGAAGGUAAAGAUGCCUGCAAAGGUGAUGGCGGUGGCCCAAUGGUCUGUGAACGUAACGGUUUAUUCCAAGUUGUUGGAAUUGUAAGUUGGGGUAUUGGAUGUGGCCAACAUGGUGUUCCUGGAGUGUAUGUUCGUGUAGCUCAUUAUCUCAAUUGGAUAAAAGAAAUUACGAGACAGUAUUAAAUACUUUCAAAAAAGACAGAUAUAAUUUAAUAAAAUCAAGUAUACCUAUUUAUUAUUUUUUGUUUUUCACAGAAUGUUAAGUAAAUUUACUUCGGAUGUCUUGCUCAACACAUUCUUUCUUUUUUUUUGUUUAUGAAAAAAAGAAUGCU